CUCCCCUAAGCAGCUGUUCGGCUGCGAUGGACCAGAGCCGAACAUGGCCGGGAACUGUCGAAACGAUAGGAAGCCAAACUCCCGUUUAUUGUGUGUGUAGCCUACUUCCUGGUCCAAUUAUUACAGAUAGUCUGUUCCGUCCGCCUCCAUGAAGCCCAUCACCGCUCAGCCUCCGUCUCGGAUGCGUCCGAUUGUGCGAGAGACGCGAUGAUCCGAGACGUGGAAUGCAGCCAACGUUGUUUUUCAUCAAUGUUUUGUCAUUGUCUGCAGGAGCUAGGGCCAUUCCGUCCGAUAGUAGGCACGAAUGCGACGCAACUCCUGCUUGGAAUUACAUUUUCUUUUGUGCACCCAACGGGCUGUUAAUUUUUUUUUGAUGUGCGAUUAAUGGGAGAGGAAAACGGGUCGCCUUUAGCUCUGGGUUAGAGACUCGUAUUUGCAGAGUCUGGAUUCUCCAUGCGAUCAAGUUAUCUUUUUUUUUUUACCCGUGACCACUAAGAUAACGCUCCAAUGGCGUCAGUGUCAAAGGUAUCAAUUUUGGAUUACUUUAAUAUAGUCUUCGAAGGCGAAAAUGGCAAGAUCGAGUCCAACUGCAAGGCUUGUGGCACGAGAAUUCAGGCGAAGCGAAGUGUCACGUCCAACUUCGUAACGCAUCUCAAGCGCAAGCACCAGGCUAUGUAUGAUGAGUUUGUCAAAAGGAAAGACAUGAAGAGGGAGGCUUACUCCUCUGGGUCGCUGCACAGCUUCAAUGCCAACGGUGGGACCCCUCGCUACAGCCACCCUGCCAGCACUGGAGGAGGCGGAGCGCCGAUAGUCGGAGGAGUAGGGACCUUAGAGGGAGCAGGUGGAGGGGGAGGUGGAGGGGUGUCCAAGUUCGACAGACAUGAUCCACGCCAGGUGCUCAUCUCGGAGGCCAUCGCUAAGAUGAUGGUGCGUGACCUGCAGCCAGCGUACACGGUGGAGAACCCGGGUUUCAGGGAGCUCCUGCAGCUGCUGGAGCCGCGCUACACCCCUGAGCCCCGGCAGUACUUCCAGAACCAGCUGCUGCCUGCCUACGCCUACCAGGCCCAGCUGGCCACGCGACAAGCCCUGGCCUCGGCGCUGGCCCUGAGCCUGAGCCUGGACCUCUGGAGCAGCCUCUCUGGUGGGAAGUCAGGGUACCUGGGGGUCACCUGCCACUUCCUCACCUGUGAAUGGCAGAUGCGAUCAGCCCUUCUGGCGUGCCUUCCCCUCGGCAGGACGGGGUCUGGGGGCGGUCACGUGCUGGCUGAAUUCGAGGAGGUGUGUCACGCGCACGGGGUGUCCGGUAAGGCGUUCCGCGUGGUGGCCGAACCCUUUCCCGCCCUAACGCCCCCAGCCAGGACCUCCUGCCUUCCCGGGUUUAACAUCGCCGGCGGCGGCAUCGGCGGGCUGGAGCAGGAGGCGGACGACGCGGCGCCCGGCGGUGGCGACGACGACCCGGGGGAGUCGGGCGGCAGGAACGGGCACGGCGAGGGACGGGAGGACGGGGAGGGGGAGCAGGGCCUGGGGGCGUCCCGGGUGGACUGCUUCUCCGACUCGCUGGACCGCUGCGUGGGGGAGGGGCUGCACUCCUGCCCCCAGCUGCGCUCCGCCCUGGCCAAGGCCGCCUGCUUCUACAACUACAUCACCUCCGCCGUGCCGCCGGAGAAACUCAGGCAGGUGCUGGACGGGCCAGGGGGCGUGUCCGGGAAACCGGGCAGCUUCCUGCCCGAUAUCAAGGACUGGGCGUCUCAGCUUAAGGUCCUCCGUCAGCUGCUGGACUCGGUGGAGUUCCUGGAGGAGCUGAGCGGGCGCGGGGAGCUGGCGCUGUGCGACGAGGAGAGGGCCCAGCUGAGGGAGCUCAUCGACACGUUGGAGCCCUUCACCGAGGCCUGGGACAUGAUCCACUGGGACAGGCCGACGGACCGACACGUCUCCAUCAGCCUGGCCCUGCCCUGCGUCCUGGGCCUGCGCAAGCACCUCUCCGAGACCUCCACCCCCCACUGCCCCUCUCUCCUGGCGGGCUUGGCGCAGGCCGUGGAGCGGCGCCUCGCCCCCAUCCUGGAGGAUCCCCUCUACAUCAGCGUCACCACGCUGGACCCCCAGUUCAAGCUCACCUGGAGCAGCAACCCGGACUGGCACAGGCAGGUCCUCCUGGAGGAGCUGAGCAAGCAUGCCCCGCCCUCCCUGUCCGUCCACCCCCCCGCCGCCACGGAGAUCCACUCCCAGGCGCCCAGGUCCUCCCCGGCUUCGUCGCCCAUCUCCUCGCUGUCGCGGCCGUGCAAGCUGUUCUCCUUCAUCAAGCAGAGACCCACCAUGCAGGCCAAGAGCCUGGAGCAGGAGCUGGCGGGCUACCUGCGCGAGGAGCCCACCGACGAGGACCCCUUGCACUACUGGAGACGGAAGGCCAUCGACUUUCCCCUGUUGGCCCAAGUGGCCAAGAGGACCUUCACCAUACCGGCCAGUAGCACUGUAGUGUCCAGCAUUUUCACCACUGCCAGGCAAAAUCUACAGCUGGAGAGGGGUUGUGUGCUACCGAAACACUUGGAGACGCUCAUCUACCUCAAAGCAAAUUACAGAUUGUUAUGGACUUAGACUUGCACUGUGUGACACUAUUUUCUCGUGUUGCGAACCUGAACCUACUCUGAGGAUACUAACUGGUUUUCCACUGCACUUGGGACAUCCAACAUACACUAGGACAAUGCCACAAUACUCAGUUAUCUAUAUAUCAGUGGAUUGAAGCAAACAGUGAGCAUGGACGCAUCUGUUUCCAUUGUUGAGUGAGGUCAUCCAUAGGCUUUGUUAAACAGGUAUGCUGUUGUCUGGUCUUUUGACUAUGUAGCCUGCAUAUCGACUAUACCCCACUACAUGCUGCGGAUGAAGGAGACAAGACAUUAAUCAAUAGUAAAGCAUUUACUUUGACAUCAGCGACUGAACACAGUCUCCAGAUACAAACACAAGCCUGCUAAUACCCCUCUGUCACCCUCUCCUUCACAAACAAAGCUUGAGCCUGUAUGCCAUACAGAGAAUGCAGAUAAUAACGAAACGGUCGUUUCGAUGCAUAUAAUGCAGUUUAUCUACAUCAGAGCCUCGGAGCCCUCCAGGGUGACUGGUGGCUUUGAGGGAUGGAAGAUGUCCAACAAUAGCCAUCAUGACAUCAGGCCCACCCUCUCUCUGUGUAUCUGCUUUACCUUCCAAGGACAUCGUAAUAAAUCCCUUUUAAAUGCUA